AUGAAUCUGAACUCAACAGUAAAAACAGGCAAAGGUGAAAAUCAUUAACUGCGUAGCAUAUUUACACACGUAGAAGCAUAUUUAGAAGAACAUACACCGGGAAAAUAGCCAAAUCUGUGCAAGUAAACAAAGUCUGGAGGGGUACACGCUCGUUUCUGAAACGCUCCCGGUGGGAUUUGAAGUCGCGUGCAGGACGGACCAAACCCGCGGCGCGUACGCAACGUGCCAGACACGUUUGCAGUGGGGUUUCGGAGCCUCCAAACAAAACAAAAAAAGGAAGAAAGAAAGGUUUGCGCAGGGAAAAAGCCACCGGUGAGACUAGGGGGAGGAGGCGCUGCAAAGUGUCCAGGUGAAGAGGUCAGCCUCCGGGGAUGCAGCGACACCAGAGCAGGAGGAGGAGGAGGAGGCCUAACCGGCUGAAGAGGAAUGUCUCUAAACUUUUUGCCUCUCCUCUACAGCAUACAUUUGAUCUGUCUGCUGAGUUCAGGAUGGACAGGAAGCAGUAUUGUGUGAAGCUGUCGGUUCAGCCCUCCAGAGGACUCGUGGAUGAGAAGUUUAUCGUCCUGGUCCAGAACGUCUCACCAGGUUUUCAAAUGACCAUCCAUGCCCUUCACAAGUGUGAAGACGGACACAGCUAUGAAGCAUUUGCUCACUACACUGCCAAUGCCACUGGGACUGUGAAUGUUUCAGAGGAUCCCAGUCUGGGCGGGACAUAUUCUGGGGUUGAACAGAUGGGUCUGCUGUGGAGUCUGAGACCAGUUCCAGGCACUAAACCUGGGCUCAGGUUGAGGAAGGUGAACGUCCAGACUCCCAUGGAGGUCACCAUCUCAGUGUAUCAGGGUCACCAGACUGAGGGCUUCAUGGAUCAGGUGCCGCUGGUUGGGGUGUUGGUGGAGCGCUGGUACAUGGCGCCUCGCGUCCGUAGGAUCCCAAUCACAGAGAACGGACUCACUGCAACCCUCUUCCUGCCAUCAGGACUGGGACCUUUCCCUGGCCUCUUGGAUCUGUGGGGGGGUGAAGGAAAGUUGAUCGAGUACCGUGCAGCUUUGUUGGCCUCCCAUGGAAUCGCCUGCUUGACCCUCGACUACCUGACACCUGAAAUCACCAUGGAAACCGGGAAGAUGGUGGACAGCCAGUACAUUGAGACAGCCUACAGAGUCCUGGAACAGCACCCUCAGGUCCUUGGCAGCAGGAUCGCCAUGUUGGGUCUUUCCUUGGGUGCUAGUGUCACACUUAAAAUGGCUGUUUACUCCCAAGUUAUGAAGCUCCGCUGUGUGGUGUGUAUUAGUGGGUGUCACGUGCAGCCGAUUGACGGAUUUUUGGAGGAAUUACUGAAUUUCUGCCGCAUAAACUCAGAGACAAAGACUCGCAUCAAUGAGGAGGACCAGGUCAUCUACCAUGAUCUGCUGCUGCCCAUCCCCACCGACCCCGCACUCAAAGUGGACGUUGGACGACUCCAGUGUCCUCUGUUGCUGGUUGUAGGCGAAGACGAUCAGAACUGGCCUGCCUACGAGUCUGCAAUAGAUAUGAAGGAAAUGAUGGAGAAGGCAGGGAAUAGCCACCUGCUGACUGUCCUGUCAUAUCCAAAUGCCGGUCACCUCAUUGAACCCCCGUACACGCCACAUACCCUUGCUACCGCCUUCUUGUCAGUCACUUCAGUUAAGAAGGUGAUGGCUCUGUGGGGUGGCGAGACAGUGGCACAUUCUCGCGCUCAGGAAGACGCCUGGAGGAAGACGCUGGCCUUUCUGAGGGAGAAUCUGUACGGCAGCUCAAACUGCGGGUUUUAAACAAUCAAUAGUUCUGAUCAAGUAUUUUGAUUGGACAAGAGAGAUGAUAUAGAGCACAACAGCACAGAUAUGUAUAGCUACAUGUAUCAUUCUGCUUUACAGGCCCAAUUUUGUUUCCUCAACAACUCAAGAAUUCACUAGCAGCCUCCUUUGGUUAGCUGCACUAUUUAAGUAAGAGAUGACCAUAGGAGUGAGGCAAACCAUUUCAAAUAUGUCUCACUAAAUUAAGAGCUGUUUGGUGGAUUACAUGCAAACUGAAUUAAACACUUGCUCAAAACACUGUUCUAUGUGUAUGUG